UACUAAUAAGAUCAUGGCACUUUGAUUUGGAUACGGAGAGAGAGAGGAAUGUGGUUUCUUAGCAAGAAAGGACCAUCUGGGUUCUCAGCUUCUUCCACAGCUGAAGAAGUUACAGAAGGAAUCGAUGGGACGGGUCUAACAGCCAUUGUUACAGGUGCAUCAAGUGGCAUUGGCACUGAAACUGCUCGUGUUCUUGCGUUGCGUGGAGUACAUGUAGUAAUGGCGGUUAGGAAUCUAGCAACUGGUAGGGAGGUCCAAGAAGCCAUUGUCAAGGAAAACCCAUCUGCCAAAGUUGAUACCAUGGAGUUGGAUCUGAGUUCAAUGGCAUCUGUUCAGAAUUUUGCAUCAAAUUUCAAGUCCUCAGGUCUUCCACUGAGCAUUCUCGUUAAUAAUGCAGGAGUCAUGGCUUCCCCCUUCUUGCUCUCGAAGGACAAGAUAGAAUUGCAGUUUGCAACAAACCAUGUGGGACAUUUUCUUUUGACAAAUCUAUUGUUAGAGACAUUGAAAAAGACAGCAAAAGAAAGUGACAAAGAAGGAAGGAUUGUCAAUGUCUCGUCACGACGGCACCAAUUUUCGUAUCGUGAAGGCAUCCAAUUUGAAAAAAUCAAUGAUCAAUCAAGGUAUAAUGGCCUUUCUGCAUAUGGUCAAUCAAAGCUUGCUAAUAUUUUGCAUGCUUCCGAACUUGCAAGACAGCUGAAGGAAGAAGGGGUGAAGAUAACUGCAAAUUCACUACAUCCUGGAGCCAUUCCAACAAACCUAUUUCGUUAUCACAGCCUCAUUAACCGUUUUCUUGGCGUACUGGGUAAACAUGUGAUGAAGAAUGUACAACAGGGAGCAGCAACGACAUGUUAUGUUGCAUUGCAUCCACAAAUCAAAGGGAUUAGUGGCCAUUAUUUUGCUGACAGUAACAUAGCCAAAGCAAGCUCACAAGCCCAUGAUAGUGAAUUGGCAAAGAAACUGUGGGACUUCACCCAAAAGUUGAUGAUAUCAAAUUCCUUAAAAGCUUAAAUAAUUUACUCCUCAUUCAUAUGUGAAUUUGAAUCAAGUUAUAAAUCAAUCUUCUCCUACUAUUAAGAUUUUCAUAUUAUAA